AUGUAGCUUUUUAAAAGUAUGUAACUAAUCAUUAAAAUUGCAAUAUUGUUACUUUUUAAGGGUGUUUAUUAAGUCAAAGGAAAUGAUUGUUCAGGUAUUAUAUCAGAUAAUAGUUUUGAUCCAUCGCAAAUUAUAUGUGCUUUAGCUUAUAAUUUAAUCUCAGAUAUCACUUAAAUAGAUCAUAAUUUAAAUUUUCCAAGCAGUGAUUGCUAAAAUAUUAAAACUAUUGUACCAAGUAAUACAUAUUAUGGGACAGGAGGUGAUAAUUGUGAUUAUACAAAACCAAUAAUAUUUAAUUAUAAUAGCUCACCAUAUUAUGCUUAAAGAGUAUUCCUUUACCCAAUUAAUUGGGUAUUCUAAUCCACUAUUAGUAAUUGCCCGACUUUAAAUUCUUCUUUAUCUGUUAAUGAUUUAGCUCCAAGAUUUAACACCUCUUCAUUAUCUCUUUACUUUUCUAAUAUAACUUUAUGUGAUUACUUUAAAACAAACUUUAUUUUUCCUAAUCUUAAUUAAAUGGUUACUAAGAUUUCCUUCUCUCCUGGCCUUUAUGUUAAAUAUAUUGAAAAGCUUUACAUACUAAUAUUUAAGUGUCCUUUAGGUUGUAGUUCAUGUGAUGAUAAUUUAAUAAAUUGCCAUAGUUGUGCUGAUGGAUAUUAUUUAUCAAAUAAUUCUUGUCUAAAAUGUGAUAUAAAUUGUUAAACUUGCAUAAAUUCUUCUACUUUUUGUUAAUCGUGCCCAGCAAGCAAAUACUUAUAUACAAAUAAUUCUUGUAUACCAUGCUAAAAUACAGGAGUAUUCAUAAGCGGCGCUAAUUGCUUAGACUGUGAUUAGAAUUGUUUUACUUGUGUGAAUUCUCCUACUUUUUGUUUAUCAUGUCCAGCAGGCACAUACUUAUAUAGAAAUAACUCUUGUUAAUCAUGCUAAAAUAUAGGAGUAUUCAUAAGCGGCGCUAAUUGCUUAGACUGUGAUUAGAGUUGUUUAACUUGCAACGGCUCUCUACCUACUAAUUGCUUAACAUGUCCAUCUGGUAAGUAUUUAUAUAAGAAUAACUCUUGUAUACCAUGCUAAAAUACAGGAGUAUUCAUAAGCGGCACUAAUUGCUUAGACUGUGAUUAAAGUUGUUUUACUUGCAACGGCUCUCUACCUACUAAUUGCUUAACAUGUCCUAAUGGAAAGUAUCUACAUGAUGAUAAUUCAUGUAAAAUCUGUAAAAUAAAUGAUGGAUUUACUAUUGAAGGUAUAUAUUGUAAAGCCUGCUUUAAGGGGUGUAAAACUUGUUUUGGAAUAAGUAAAAACCAAUGUUCUGAUUGCUAUGACUCAUAUUCUUUAUUUAAAUUAUAAUGUGAUUAGUAAUAUUUUGUCUAUAAUUCCUCAUUCGGAGAUAGCUCUAUGUAGUCAAUAAACUAAUCUAUAGGAUAAACCUCAUAAAUAGCCUAUGCUAGCAUAAACAAUAUCCAACUAAGCAAUUGA